AUGGUCCCAGUGGCGGCACCCGCCGAAGUCGAGGCCGCGAAUUGCGUUGCUGUGUGCUGUGGAAGGAAUCGCGACCCGAACGAGGGCCAUGGCAGAGCGAAUCGGGGACGGUGGGGCGGACGAAGGGAAGAGCCCGUGAUCAGGGAGUUAGAUUCCAUGAAGCAGCGGGAGGGCACGGUCAACAAAGGCGACCACCAUCCUGCAAUGGAUCGAGGAGUGCAUGGCAACGGAGAGCUGGUGGAUCCAUGUCCAGAGCUCGGCCGACAUGUUCCCGGUCGCACCAACCCCGCCCGCGACCCCUUCGGCGCAGCGCAUCGACGAGGAGAUCGAGAUCGGCUCCGGAGCGACGAGAAGGUUGUCGUCCUGUCCAACAGCGUCACGCUAAGAUCAAAGCCAUGGCAGAGGUACGGUACCACCACUGUGAACCAUCAUCACUUGCAUUCAGUCAUUCAGAUGACCAAUGUCUGCUCUCUGUCUCUGCUGGGCAUUGGAACUGAAACUGCUUGGUUGCACGCGCAGGGCUUGCCUUGCGAGGGAGCGAAGGAGUUCCGCGAGUCGCUGAUGGACCCGUCGUCCAGGCGGUUCAUGUGGGCGGCCAGCGCACCGCAGGGGUCGGCGUGGUCAUGCCUGGACGCGUCCGCGCUGGCGGAGAACUACUACAACAGCCACCACCACCACCACGCGAUGAAGCGGACGGUGGUCCCGGCGAGGCCCGCCCAGGCCGCCAAGGGCCUGAACCGAAGAAGAAAUGAUGGAUGA